GGCGACUUUUCGGACCCAGUCACUUCAGCCACGUUGGGCAUCGUACAGGUGUUUUGGGGUCUGGACAAAAAGUUGGCCCAGAGGAAACAUUUUCCGUCAGUAAACUGGCUCAUGUCCUACAGCAAAUACUUGCGGGCGUUGGACGACUAUUAUGAAAAAAAUUUCCCUGACUUCGUUCCGCUAAGGACCAAGGUAAAAGAAAUUCUGCAAGAAGAGGAGGAUCUGUCAGAAAUCGUACAAUUGGUCGGCAAGGCGUCGUUGGCGGAGACUGACAAAAUCACGCUCGAAGUUGCGAAGCUAAUCAAAGACGACUUCUUGCAGCAGAACGGCUACACACCAUACGAUCGGUUUUGCCCGUUCUACAAAACCGUUGGAAUGAUGAAAAACAUGAUUGCUUUUUAUGAUAUGGCAAAGCAGGCCGUUGAGUCGACAUCACAGAGCGACAACAAAAUCACCUGGGCUAUCAUCCGAGAUCACAUGGGUGACAUCCUUUACCAGUUGUCAAGCAUGAAAUUUAAGGAUCCGACAAAGCUCGGUGAGCAGCAGAUCAAGAAAGAGUUUGAAGAACUGCUCGAGCAGAUUCAGCAGGGCUUCCGGAACCUGGAGGAUUGA